AUGAGAUUCCACACCAUUCUCCUCGCGGCUCUGGCCUCCCUCGUCAUCGCCACGCCCCUCCCCAGCGAUACCGAUGUCUCCCUCGAGCGCCGCCAGAGUAUGAACUCCAACGACCUUGAGAAGGGCGACUGCAAAUCUGUGGCAUUCAUCUUCGCCCGCGGCUCCACUGAAAUUGGCAACAUGGGCUUCGUCGUCGGCCCCGGUGUCUGUAGCAACCUAAAAUCUACCCUUGGCUCCGACAAGGUCGCCUGUCAAGGCGUCGGCGGCGCCUACACAGCGGGUCUGAUCCAAAACGCCCUCCCGGCAAAUACUGACUCGGGCUCCAUCAAAGAGGCCGUCAAGAUGUUCGACCUCGCCGCUAAAUGCCCGGAUACUCAGAUCGUGGCGGGAGGAUACAGUCAGGGCUCUGCGGUUAUUGACAAUGCAAUCCAGAAGCUCGAUGAUAGUACCAGGGAUCGAGUCAAGGGUGUUGUGCUCUUUGGUUUCACGCGGAAUCUCCAGGAUAAGGGCCAGAUUCCCGGGUACCCGAAGGAUCAGACGAAGGUGUACUGUGCAGUGGGUGACUUGGUCUGCUCUGGCACGUUGAUUAUAACCGCAUCGCAUAUGACGUAUGGCCUGAAUGCCGGAGAUGCAGCGAAGUUUUUGGCAAGCCAGGUCUCAGUUUAG